UAGAGAGUGCAAAAUGCACUGUAGGGAAGUCAAAACAAAGAGAAUUCUGCAUUUUGCUGAGAGGUUUAUAUACAAGAUAGCCUUAGAGGAAGAGAUUGCUGAAGCCGAAAAAGUGAGACAAGAUAUAGCAGCGUUAGGAGAAUACUCUGCUCGAAAUCCGACCUUACGAGAAGCUAUAUCGGAAAUAGGACAAAUGAACCAGCCUCCUCCAAAGGUUAUCAACACAGUAAAAGCAUUACUUUAUCUGCUUCAGGAAAUACCGGAAGACUCUAACUGGAAGAAUAUGGUUUUCAUUGUAAAAAAAAGACGCGAAGAAAUUCUGACGAAAAUGCAACAGGAGGGCUAUACUAUCGGUAUUCCAGAGACGGUUGUUCAAACAGCACAUACCAUUUUAUAUAAAUAUGAUGACCAUGAUGUUAGGAUGGCAAGUCCUUGCGCCCAUACACUUUACCUAUGGACAAAAGGUAUUAUUGAUAUACGGCAAAGAAGAAUUCUAUCUGGUAAUUAACAUACAAAUUUCAUCUUGAUCCAAGAACUACCGUGGCAGAAGUACACGAUAUGACAUUUUAUUUGACAUAAAUUUGAAGGAAUA